AUAGUGUGUGUGUGUUGUCUCUCUCUCUCUCUCUCUCUCUCUCUCUCCCUGGUCAACAUUGUCCACUUUACUUCAUAAUUGAAGCUAUAAAAGACAAUAACAAAAACUUUUAUAUGCUGGUGAUAUUACGCUCGUAUUGUUUUAACUUCCCGUCUCUGAUUAGAAAAAAAAAAGUCAUAUUUAUCUGAAGAUAAAGCACUGAAAUUUCAGUUUAAACUUGCUGAAGGUUUACUUGCCCAGUGAGUUAGGUAUAUUGUAGUUGACAGCAAUAAAACGUACGAGAAAAGUGUGAGGGCGGAGCUGUCAGCCUGUGUCGUCACCCUCACACACACUCACCAUCACCACUAGAAAAAGUGCGCUGUUAACUCUCUGAAUAAACUGUGAUUUAUGCUGAUUUCAGUGCAAAGUGACACGAUGAAAAUAAUGUAAAGUCGGUGCUGGUGGAGUAGUUGUGUCGGGAAGGACAGAACUGAACUAAAGUGGCUGUUCGAGUGCAAGCAUGGUAAUUCCAAAUUAAGUGGUGAAAAUGCUGUGAGAAGUCUGGGAAAAAGUACAUCGGAUGGUGAUGCUUCACACCCGAAGAGGGGAAAGAAGAGGCAAAUGAUGGGGAGUGUGAGAGGUGCUAGAGGUGGAUGUGGUGGGUGAGGAUGAGUGGGGAGUGAGUGUGGUAUGGUGUGGGUGCUGUCUCUCACCAGGGAUGGGUCAGGGAGCCUCAGCUGUCCUCCUGAACUGUGGCAAGCACCAACAGCAGCAGCAGCAACAGCACGGGUAUAUACAGCAGCAGCAGCAGCAUACGUUUCUCCAGCAUCAGCAGGUUCACCAGCGGGAGGAGGAGGGCCAUGGGCGUCGCAGGAGGUGGCAGCACUGGCGGCAAGAAGAUUGGCACCCACGCCCACUAGCCGCCCACGCCGCCCACUCUCCAGACUCAACCACCUUGUGUUGUGCGGGUUGGGGCAGCCACAACGAUGAGAUCAAGACUAGCGGAGUGGGCGGGUCCAUCGCCGGCAGCAGCGGGGACCCCGCCGGUCCGGCAGCUAUGUCGAGUGGCGGAGAGUUGACGGUGGGCGGGGCGGGGGGCGGUCCGGUGCUCACGCCCCUCCUUAACUACGACCCAGAGUGCGCACGCAUGGAGGCCUGGCUAGACGAACACCAAGACUUCGUUCAUGAUUACUUUAUCAGGAAGGCGUCUCGUCAUAUGGUCGACAUGUGGUUGGUGUCGCACGCCCUUCCUCAGAACGUGGGCAGCGGGGCGUACGGCGGCGGCGGCGCGGGCGGUAGCAGUGGCGGCGAGGCAGGGGCCAACUCCUGUGGUCACUCCGGACAACCUCCAGGCUCCAGGACUUCCUCGGGACCCGGGGCAGCGGCAGGCAGGCUGGCCAGAGCACGCAGCUACGAGCCCCUCUUCACCAGGUCGUCAACAGGAGCCGCCACUCCCGUCAGGAAGAUCUCCGCCCAUGAGUUCGAGAAGGGCGGCCUUGUGAAGCCUAUCGUUACUACGAUAGACGGAACGCCCACCUUCCUCUCUCCUCCCGCAGCCGCUGAGAAUGUCGCCAUCUUGGCCAAGGUACGUCGCAAGUCCAGGACGGAACUCAAGGGUCUUGAUGAGCGCCAAUUGAUCUUCGAGCUGGUUAAAGACAUUUGCAACGACCUGGACGUACGAUCCCUCUGCCAUAAGAUCCUGCAGAAUGUUUCUAUUCUUACCAGCGCCGACAGAUGUUCCCUGUUCCUUGUGCAGGGAGAUAAGGAAUCGGACAACCGCUGCUUGGUCUCCACAUUGUUCGACGUGAACCCAGACUCCACGGUGGAGGAGAUGCAGGAGAAAGAGGAGAUUAGGAUUCCGUGGGGCAGCGGCGUGGUGGGCUACACAGCACAAUCAGGAGCUAUGGUUAACAUCCCUGACGCCUACGAGGAUCCUCGCUUUAAUCGCAAUAUUGAUGGCAAAACAGGCUACAAGACACGUUCAAUGCUCUGUAUGCCCAUCAAAGACAGUGCUGGAGAGGUCAUUGGUGUUGCUCAGGUGAUCAAUAAACACCAAGGCCAGGUAUUCACAGCAAGUGAUGAAAAAGUGUUUGAAUCCUACUUGCAGUUCUGUGGAAUUGGCCUCAGAAAUGCUCAGCUGUAUGAACGCUCUCAGCUAGAAGUCAAACGGAAUCAA